GAAAAUUAUACCAACUGCCUUCUUGGUUCUUUCUCCUAAUCCCACGCAGGAUACAGUAACGAAGAAAAGCAAUCAAUCCAACGUAGGCAAUUCAAUCUAGCGCAGACGAUUCAGAGAUUAAUACUUACUUGAGGUAAUGGCGAGGAUAAAACCUCAAGCUCUUCUAUUGCAAAGCAAAAAGAAGAAGGGGCCAAGUGGUGUCAGUGUUAAUACAAUUAUAGUAUGCAUCCUAAUUGUUGCUGUGAUGGUGUUUUCCCUGUAUUCUACCUAUAGAUACUGGUUUCGAAGAUCAAUUGUUCAGACACAGGAUGAUCUAUCUACCAGCAAGGCUAUUGAGCGAAAGAAAUCUGAUAUUCCUAAAUACGCUCUUAUAAGCACCUCGAAAGGCCUGAUAACCGUGGAACUUUACAAGGAUGGUUCUCCUGACAUUGUUGAUGAAUUCAUUGACUUCAGUCAGAAGGGUCACUUUAAAGAGAUGCAAUUUAUUCGUGUAAUCAAGGACUCUGUCAUCCACGGUAGUAAAGUUGAAAGACCUGAAGCUACAGAAGAAUGGACUUUGAGGGGAAAACAUUAUAGCCAACUGGAUCCAAGUCUUAAGCACGAAGCAUUUAUGCUUGGUACUUCCAAGGUGAAACAUGAAGGUGGAGGAUUUGAUCUAUUUGUUACAACAGCACCAAUCCCGGAUCUGAAUGACAAGAUUAAUGUCUUUGGACGUGUCAUCAAGGGAGAAGAGGUUGUCCAGGAAAUCGAAGAAGUAGAUACAGAUGACCACCAUCGACCCAAAACUCGUGUGCAGAUCAAUGAAGUUACUCUUAAGCAGAGAACCUGAACUAUGCUCUGUCCAUAAGAUGCAGUUACUUGACGUCAAUGGACAAAAGCAGGCAGCAGCAUAUGAUUUCAAAUAUCUUUCGAAGAUUUUGAUUCCUUGGAGUUGACACGAUGCAGCUUGCUAUCAGUGCUUUUGGUGUAAGAUCUGGAUACAGGUAUCUCGUUGUGUAAUUUGGUUAGACAGUUUUUCCCUUAGGGUAAACAAUCUGGCUAUUCCUUUAUGUCUUAUAAUAUGGUAUGUUCAGAGGAAAUUUUCAUGACACAGUUCAAAUGUUCAAAAGACAGUAAUUCAAGAGUUUUCAUCCAAGAUCCCGCCUAGACAUUUCUGAUCACAGAUCAACAUUUCAGGAGGAGUUGCAGGAUUAAUUUAAUUUCCAAAACUAUAAGUCCUAGACUAGAAAAGAAAUUUGUUUGGUGUUAAGUCAGCUCUACUAGAUGCAGUUGCUCCGGUAUCCAAGAACUAAUGUUUGGAUUUAGAUGAUAUGUGUGGAUGUAUCAUGUUGAGAUGUUGAUUUGUUUUUUGUGUUAAUGAAGUGAGGAUAUUUUUA